AUGUCUCCCGCCGAAACUCACCAAAACGACACGACAGAUGUCGAUGUGGCAAUUGUUGGAGGCAAGUUUAUAUCUGGUGGUCCCACGGGACUCUUCAACGGACUCCUCCUACACCGUCUCGGGGUCUCAGUAUCUAUCCUUGAUGCCAAAAAAGAGACUCUGGAUUUUGGCAGGGCCGAUGCGCUCAAUGCGCGUACGCAGCAAUAUUUCGAGGUUGCCGGUCUGCUGGAUGAGCUUCUCCCUCAAGGCCUCAAAUGCAACACCAGCUCUACAUUCGGGGAGGGUGAAUUCAAGUCUCGCCAAAACGAUUGGUGGGUUAGCCUUGAGCAUACGCUCCACAGGAACUUCCUCAUGCUUGGUCAACCAGUCAUAGAAGCAAUGCUAUACAAGCGCCUCCCGGGACUCGUUCAUUUUGGAGAAACUGUGACCGAGAUUUCGGAGGGAGAGACGCAAGUGGAAGUCAUCACCAACACAGGCCGUCGUGUACGGGCCAAGUAUGUCAUCGGUGCCGACGGUGCUAGAUCCACGGUACGUAAUGCUCUUGGAAUUUCCUUCACCGGCACCAAGCCGGAGAUGUUGUGGGCUGUUAUCGACGCCUUCAUCGAGACGGACUUCCCGACAUGCCCCGAAAUCAUUACGUUCCAGAUCAAUGGGCAGUCCCGAGUUUCGUGGAUCCCUCGCGAGCGUGGGUUAUCUCGGUUCUACGUCUUGUUAGAGGGUGAGGUGACCGAAGAGCGGGCCAAGGAGUCUGUGAAGAUUCAUCUUGCUCCAUACAAGGUGGAGUUUACCAAGGUUGAGUGGUACAGCACUUUCGACGUCAAAGAAAGGCUUGCAUCUUCCUUCAUCUCCAAUGGUGGAGAUGGCCGGGUUAUCUUGGCAGGGGAUGCUGCGCACGUCCACAGCGUCAACGGGGGCCAGGGUCUAAACACGGGACUCGCCGAUGCUUUUGGCCUUUCGUGGAGACUCGCCAUGGUGCUCAAGCAGGACAACCUCAAGGCCGGGGCCGCAGAUAAGCUACUACGUAGCUACGACCUUGAGCGGAGAACAACGGCUAAAGGCGUCAUUGACGUUGCCGCCGCCCUCGUCCGCGACACCGUACAUACGGCCAAACAAUACGUCUCCACAAUCCAACGCAAUGCUGGGUACAUUACAGGCAUGGGCGUGUCGUAUCAGGACAUGAACUCUCCACUUGUCGUAGAAUCGACUCACUCUUUCUGGACGGCUGGCAAGCGGUGUCCAGACGUCGAGGUUACAGAUGCACCCCACGGGAAGACCCACCGACUCUACUCGGCAGUUGAGUACGGGAAUUACGCCUUGUUAUUCGUUGGUAAGCACCCUGAGGGCCGAGUGGGAUACGAAAAGGUGGCCUCAUGCUACUCUAUCCUGCCGCGCUCAAGCGACGCUGCUCCGGUCCCACAGGGCAGUGGAGAGGCCGGAGAGCAAACCCUAUCCCGGGAGGCUGGAGGAAAAGUUUUUGAGGCGGACUGGGUUACGCAAGAAGACUCUUUUGUUGUCGUGGUCCGCCCAGAUAUGUACAUCGGCUAUGUCGGUACCGAUGAACAGGGGUGGAAAUCGUAUCUCGAUGAGCUUUUCAGCCAAGAGUAG